AUGCCCACCACGGGAUCCUCCAGAUCGGCCAGCACUCGGUUUACUCAGACGCCCUCAAAUAAGCCCUCCAAGCCUCCACACAAAGAUCCCAAUCCACCCUCUCAGAAAAAGGCGAGCAACAGAGGCCCAUACGCCGAGAAAGCUUGUUAUCCGUGUCGGAAAGGGCACCGCAAGUGCAGGGACAUCAGGACCAUAACUGGAAAGCCAGUCUGUGGCCUUUGUGCGGAUCAAGAGCUGGAAUGCACUUGGCCAGACGACGGCCCUCCCACCGGCCAUGGAAGGACUUACGACCGCUGGAACAACACCUACACCAGUAGAGAUCCCCCCCAUCCUAGCUGGGACUAUACGAGCUCUGAAUAUGAUGCCGAAGGUGGUGAUGGCGACAGCAACUCGAAUAUCACCGAUGAAGAUGAGGAGGGCUGGAGUAGUGAGCAUGCUAGCGGCGGAAACCAGGGUGUAGAUGCCCACGAAACACACCACAAUAGCAUCGCCCAACAGAUUGACAAUCAAUCCUCGCCUGCUCGCACUCAUCACCAUUUCCCUCACACUGUUCGCCCUCGGCCUCGCACCCAGCAAACCCCACGCGUCCCCACCACUGGCUUGCAGCUGCCGCUUUUCGGCCAACAGCAACCCCCAGUACCAGCUGCCACUGCUUCCGCUACAGACGACACUUCAGUCUCUGAUAGGUACCGUCAACCCUCCAAUAGUCACCAAGCUCCCCCUCCUCAACCCAGAUAUCCUGAUCGUCUAGAGCUUUUGGCGACCGCUGCUGCCGCUGUAGAAGGAAACCGCUCGGACUUGGGUAGGAGUCUGAACAAUGGAGCUUAUGGGAGAUUAAGGAUCAAGGAUGAGGACGAGGGGGAUGAUGAUGAGGAAUACGAGUAUGAGCGAUAA